UUAUAUUUCUUAAAUAACCGGUUAACCUUAAUUAUACUUAAGGUUUUCUACGUGUGCUUUUCUAUUAUUCCUGAAACAGGAACGAUGAUUUGUCAAAUUAGCUUCAACGGCUGAUCCAGCUUUCUAACCUUGACUGAAUUUGAUCACAGUCGAAUUAUUACGUUAGUGCGAAUACAUAGAGUUUAAAAUAUAUGAUGUUACGGAAUAUUUGUAGGCAUCAUAGACAAUUUGGCCAGGUCAUUUGGCCAUUUCCUCAAGGGCAUCAUGUUCCUAGCUUAUCAACACACCUACAAAAGGCAAAAUAUGCCAGUGCCAUAACGGAAAGAAAGAAGUUCUACGAGAAUGUGUCGAUAUCUCAAGUAGAUGGGGGUUUGUUUGAAAUAAACCUUGACAAGCGAAAGCUGAAGACUCCAGGUGGAAAGCUGUUCACAGUUCCCAAUGAAGCUCUUGCCAUAGCUGUUGCAACAGAGUGGGAGGUUCAGAAGGAAACACUGAAGUUUUACACCAUGCACCUAACCACACUUUGCAACACAGCUCUUGAUAACCCAACACAAAGGACGAAAGAACAAAUGAUCUCAGCAGCUUUAAAGUUUUUGGAGACUGACACUAUCUGUUACAGAGUAGAAGAACCUCCAGGUCUUGUGGAACUGCAGACAAAUGAAUGGGAGCCUGUAAUGAACUGGAUAGAACAAAGAUACAAUGUAGUCAUUGGCUCAUCCUCCAAUAUAAUGGGCCCUCAAAUCCCAGAAGAGACUAAGGAGACAUUUCGUCAACACCUUCAUUCCUACAAUUUUUGGUCUCUGACAGGGCUUGAGUAUGUGAUCACUCAGCUGAAAUCGUUGAUCUUGUCCUUUGGGCUGAUUGACAGACACCUAAGCGUGGAACAAGCGGUUCUGCUGUCCAGACUUGAGGAAGAAUACCAGAUCCAAAGCUGGGGAAAUGUGGAAUGGGCCCAUGAUUAUGACAUGUAUGAGUUGCAGGCACGAACAGCUGCUGGUGCAAUGUUUGUGCAUCUGUCUUCUGAAAGCACAGCCGUUAAAAGAAAAAUUUUACAGGAUUGAAAAGGCAAAAAAGGCCCUUUAUGGGACUGAAACAGAUUUUUUUGUUAUCUGUCUUAGUGUCUUUGUUUAC